AUGACUGGUGGAGACUCCCUGACAGAGGAUCUCAAUGUCUACUACAAUGCAGGCGACAUUGCCUGGAUGAUCACGGCCACGGCUUUGGUGCUUUUGAUGAUUCCCGGUGUUGGUUUCUUCUACUCUGGCCUUGCUCGACGCAAGUCAGCCCUGUCGCUCAUUUGGCUCUCCGUCGCGGCCACGGCCCUGAUUUCAUUCCAAUGGUUUUUCUGGGGGUAUUCCCUCACCUUCUCUCACACCGCUGGCAAAUUCAUCGGUGAUAUGGAAAACUUUGGCUUCCGCAAUGUCCUCGGCGCUCCCUCGGUUGGAUCCACCAAAAUUCCCGAUCUGAUGUUCGCAAUCUACCAGGGCAUGUUCGCUGCCAUCACCGUCGCUCUCGCCAUCGGAGCUGCUGCUGAACGUGGCCGCAUGUUACCCGCCAUGGUCUUUUCUUUCAUCUGGUCCACCGUCGUCUAUGAUCCGAUUGCAUGCUGGACGUGGAACGCCUCCGGUUGGGUGUUCAAGAUGGGCGGUCUUGACUUUGCUGGUGGCACUCCGGUGCACAUAUCCUCUGGUUCUGCGGCGCUGGCCUAUUCGUUGAUGCUCGGGAAGCGUCGUGGCCACGGGACUCAUGAAUUGAACUACCGCCCCCACAACGUCACCCACAUCGUUAUCGGCACCGUUUUCCUCUGGGUCGGUUGGUUCGGCUUCAACGCCGGCAGCGCUUUGGCUGCCAACCUCCGUGCAAUCAUGGCUGCGGUUGUUACCAACUUGGCUGCCAGUGUCGGGGGUCUCACUUGGUGCAUUCUGGACUAUCGUUUGGAGCGCAAGUGGUCGACCGUCGGCUUCUGCAGUGGUGUCAUUUCUGGCCUCGUGGCCAUUACGCCUGGUAGUGGUUUCGUCCCCGCGUGGGCCGCUAUCAUUUUCGGGGUCGUCGGUGGUGCUGCGUGCAACUAUGGCACCAAACUGAAGUUUCUCCUCCACAUCGAUGACUCGCUCGAUAUCUUCGCCAUUCACGGAAUUGGUGGUUUGGUUGGAGAUCUCUUGACUGGUCUCUUUGCUGCAGACUACAUUGCUCACCUUGACGGCUUCACCGAGAUUGAUGGUGGCUGGAUCAACCAGCACUACAUUCAGCUUGCCUACCAACUUUGCGAUGGUGUGACCGGUAUGGCCUAUUCGUUCACCGUCAGCUGCGUCAUUCUCUUCGUCCUCAACUUCAUUCCUGGCCUCCACCUUCGAGCCUCGGAACAGGAAGAAAUUUUGGGUAUGGAUGAUACUGAGAUCGGCGAGUUCGCAUACGACUAUGUAGAGCUGUCCCGAGAUGUCGUGAAUGCCCUCGAACAAGAAACUACCACUCCCGCCCAUCGCGAAUCGCCUAGCUCGGAUGGAGAAGUUCGCGAGGAGAAACCUGCCAAUCCCGCCAAUCCUACCACUCCUGCUUAA